GAGCUUUGAUUUUUGGCAGGUUUCGGAUGCCAUAGAACAUACACACGCAUGCGCUUUCACGGUAGUCUCAGUGCAGCGAUGGCGUCUUCCAUUGCGAUGUGCAGGUUGCAUUUGAGGGGCAGCCUCUCUAAAUGCUUUAAAAAAGUAGAUUCAUGUUUUCAAAGAAAGUUCGGAACUAGUACUGCUGCUACGAAGACCGAUGCACCCAAUAAGAAAUAUAAAAUCGACUCAAAGGAUGGAAACAAAUCUUUUUACACAGUCCAAGAGGAGAAGAUAGAGCAGGCAGAGAGAUCUGUCCUUAUCAGCUGCCCGGCCAAAACCAACGAGAAAAAGUUCCUCAGCUAUUUAUCCAGACAUGGAGAUAUCAACAAAUGUUUCUUUUAUGAAAGCUACGGUACAUAUGCUGUGGUGGAGUUUUCCAACAAGGAGAGCCUCACAUCACUCCACGAAGGGACGGCCAUCCCCAGUAUCAACCAUGAAGCUACAGUGCCUUUCAAGUCCAGACUGCUUUCGCUCAGAAACGCUGGUCCUGUGGACAUGUCCAACGACCAGUCCGCCCCUCCGUGCCAACCACAGACCACCAUACACAUUAACGACCUCAUACAGAGACUUUCCAAAGAAGCCAGUAUAGACCAACAAAUCUCCUCCCUUACAGAGACGUACCAGCUGACGGAAGAGAACGUCUGCCUGCGUUUCCUGGUCUGCUCUCUUCUAAAGGACAUAGCUGCUGCAUAUUUCCCAGAAUGCACCAUUCGGCCCUUUGGCUCCUCCGUCAACGGCUUCGGGAAGCUGGGCUGUGACCUAGACAUGUUUCUGGACCUGGACGGCAUCAGUGGAAGGAAUCUGAAAAGGCCAAAAGCAGGGCUCUCCUUGGAGUACCAGACAAAGAGGUCUGCGUCUGAGCGGGCGUGUACCCAGAGUAUCCUGUCUGUGAUCGGGGAGUGUGUAGACCAGUUUGGGCCUGGCUGUGUCGGGGUGCAGAAGAUCCUCCAGGCUCGCUGUCCCCUAGUCCGAUUCGCCCACCAACCGUCAGGGUUCCAGUGUGACCUCACGGCUAACAAUAGGGUAGCGAUGAAGAGCUCUGAGCUUCUGUACCUGUAUGGGGGGCUGGACCGGCGGGUGCGUUGCCUGGUGUUCAGUGUCCGGUGCUGGGCUCGGGCCCACAGUAUCACCAGCAGCAUACCUGGAGCCUGGAUCUCAAACUUCUCUCUCACUGUCAUGGUCCUAUUCUUCCUCCAGAGGAGAACUAUUCCUAUCCUACCCACCCUGGACCACCUCAAGGAACUAGCAGGCCCUCUAGAUAAGAGUGUCAUCGAGGGAAACGACUGCACAUUUGUCAGCGACUUCACAAAAAUACGACUGCAAGACAACACAGAGACAUUAGAGCAACUGCUGCAGGAGUUCUUUGAGUUCUAUGGAACCUUCGCGUUCAACCGCAUGUCGAUCAAUAUCAGAAAGGGCAGGGAGCAAAACAAACCCGAGAUGUCCCCAUUGCACAUCCAGAACCCCUUUGAGCCCGCGCUGAACGUCAGUAAGAAUGUUAACGGAACGCAGCUGGAGCGCUUCGUGGCGCUGUGUCGGGAGAGCGCCUGGAUGCUGCAGCAGCGGGAGUUCAACGUACCGCACAGCGGCAGCGCUACCGGAAACAACGCCCCCUGGGGCCUGGCAGCGCUCCUCAUGCCCUCGGUCUCCCAGGUGGCCGGGGUUAAAGGUCGUAAGAAGAGGAAGAGGGAGCCGGCCAGCGAGAGGAUAAAGGGCCUGCUGGAGUCUCUAAAGAACAGUGAGGUGAAGAGCUAGAGAGCGGCCAUGCAGUACAGCCCCACUAGAGGUCACUGGUGAGUUCUGGGUCUAUGGGUAACAGUGGCUACAUGGCCGUAAAGAAUGGACUUGUGAGGACUUGUCCAAUUGCUUUUCACACAACUGCAAAUAACCGAUCAGAGCCAAACCAAGCUGUACUGAUAUGGCUUGCGCCAUGGUUGCUGCAACCUACCUGAAAAGGACAAUGUGACAACAGUUUGGUUUUGUUCAGCACGGUAGUGUGAAAAGGGUACCUGUGACCAGACUCGUUAUAAGAAAGUCUGACUACUCUACAUGGCGACGUUUGCACAUCGAUGUACAUAAAGACUUGAAGUUAUAGCGUCCGCUGACAUCUUUUUGUUUGUAUACAUUUAGAGCCGAUGUAUUCAGAUGUUUUUUAUUAAAGAUCCUGAACA